AUGAGUAUUAAGCCUAAAAGAAUUAAAUACAAAAAGUUUUCAGUUAAUAGGGUUGAAAAAAGAGUGUUAAAUGAAACAAAUACCAAUAAGGUUAAGAGACAAACUAUUAAAACUGAAAAGAUUAAACAAAUAAUAUUAACAAAAACCCAAAAAGCUGAACUCUGUCAUAUGCGUAAAAGUGGAUAUCCUCAGCUUUCACUUGCAAAUCAUUUCAAAAUUAGUGAAUUAACAGUUUCAAAAAUACUUAAACAAGAAGAUCAGUGGCUUUCAAUUGAUCCAAAUUCAACACAAGCAAAGUCUAAAUGA